CCAUAGGCCUGAUAGUUUUGAGGGUCCGAAGAGUCCUCGUAAGGGGUAGAAAGGGCAAACCAAAUUAAAAGUCGCCCAUUGAAGCUCAGAAAUGGAGAUUCCAUGUCCACUGCCUAGAACCUAGUCCUGCUCAGGUCAACGUGGGAGCAGCCGUAAUCGAUAAAGGGAAAUUUUUUUGCACAAACCGCUGCUUCCCCUCGACGACAUUCAAAUUCUUGGUGUCCGCCUUUCUCACAGGGCCUUGACUAUGGAAGUUGAAGGAGGCGGAGUUUCGAAACCGGCGGCGGUGAUCGCCUGCACAGGUAUGGCCCUCUUCUAUGUGGCCACCCUCUACGCGCCAACUCUGAUCUUCCGCCUCCCGCCUCCAUACUCCUUCAAGGAAUUCAUGAUCCGCCGCUUCGUGUGCGCCGCCGUAUCCUCUGUUGUCUCAGUCGUCGUCUGCGCCCUUAUACUGCCUAUACGAAGCUGGGAGGCUUCCACUCUAUUAAGCAUCUACGGCAUCAGGAGAGACCACAUAUGGCAAGCUGUGAUGUUCCCUCUUGCCUUGACUUCCUUAAUGUACGCUGGUUCAAUGACCCUGAAUUUCUUGUUAUGGUUGGAUUCGUGGAAAGAGGACAGCGAUUCUGGUGGAUGUUUCUCAUUUCGUUGUUUCAGUGAUGCCCUGAAAGCUUUCAUUGAGCGGAUACGUUCUCGUGCCUCCAAUGUUUUAUUUUGGCGGAACUUAGUAGUGGCACCACUGACAGAGGAGUUGGUUUUCAGGGCAUGCAUGAUUUCUUUGCUUGCAUGCGGAGGAUUCCAAAAGUAUAGCAUCAUAGUUAUGUUUCCUAUUCUCUUCAGCUUAGCACAUUUGAACCAUUUUAUGGAGGUUUAUUUCCAGCAAAACCGAAACUUGUUGAAAGCUUCCAUGAUUAUAGGUUUGCAGCUGAGCUACACUGUGGUUUUUGGUUCUUAUGCAUCUUUUCUACUCAUGCGAACAGGACAUCUUCUUUCUCCAUGGGCUGCUCAUGUAUUUUGCAAUUAUAUGGGACUGCCAAUGCUGUUCUCGCAGAGGAAAGGUAUUGUCUCGUUGGCCUUCGUAGCUGGAGCGGUUGGCUUUCUGUGGUUCCUUUUCCCGCUAACACGACCCGACUUUUAUAAUGCUAGAACUAACAAUUGUAGAUGUUGGCAAGGACACUGUUCCUGGAAUUGACACGUUUAGAAUAUUGUAUGAAAGAGAGUGAUGAUCCUCGAGGACAUCUACAUGAGUAGCGUCUCUGCCUUUGCCACGCCCUUUUUUUAGAUUUCCGUUGAGAAGUGCUAAAGAUUACUUGUUGGAGAUUGUUGACUGAUGGUCAACAGGGCACAGGCCCCGCAUUUGAUGUGCAAUAUGAGAUAUGGUUGAUUUUGUGGGGUUUA